AUGAAAAAUAUUCUGCCUACCUUUAUCCAAAACCACUUGCCCAUGCAAUAUAAGACCAAUUCAUCUACCGGCCGGGCUGUUUACCGUUACCAAAAUGAUUUCGGCGCGCUAGACUGGAGGGGGUUGAAGAAUAUGUAUCCAAAAAUUACUGAUUUUGGAUCAGCAACCAGUAUCGUGCCCCGGAGGUCAUUCUUGGGCACGUUGUGGGGUUUCAGUGCAGACCUAUGGAAUCUCGGUGUUCUGGUGAGUCUGACGCAUUUCCUGAACAUGGAUCUGGCUUAUUUGGAUGAAGACUUGGAAUAUAAUUGA